AUGGGUCAGCCGAAGAUUCGGAUCACAGAGCUCUACAUCUACCCCAUAAAAUCGCUCCGCCCCAUCUCGGUGCCGACGGCACAACUACGGCGCGAGGGCCCGCGUCGCGACCGGCGUUUCAUGCUGCUGAAGGACGAGGGAGGCGGUCGGUACAAGAACAUCCAGACGGCGUACUUCCCGGAGUGCACGCUGUUCCAGCAGGCGCUGGACGGCGACGACCACGUCGUCGUCACCUACCGGAUCCCCGCCGUGCCCCUCUUCCCCCCCACCCCCGAGCAGCGCGGCCAGCUGCGCGUGCCCUUGGACCCGGUCUACGACGAGUCCGACGUCGUCGACAUCAAGCUCUUCGGCAGCGAGACCACCGCCUUUCGCGUCCGCGGCCCCUACGACGCUUGGUUCUCGUCCUGCUUCGGGUACCCCGUUAUCCUCGUGUUCAUCGGCGAUAACCGCCGUCGCGUGCUAGCGCACUCGCCUCCCGCGCCCCCGCGCCCGACUAGGUCUUGGCUGUCGUACGUCCCGUUCACGUACCAAUGGCCAGCGCAGGAGACUAGCUCGGCGGCGGCCGAAACAGGCGAUGCUGGCCUGACGUUCAACGAGGCCGCGCCGUUCCUCGUGACGUCGAAGGCGUCGCUGCGCGACGUCAGCGCACGCCUGCCCGCGGGCCAGGACAUGGACAUGAUUAAAUUCCGGCCCAACAUCGUCGUGGACCUCGUGCCCGACCUAUCUCCGCCCACGCCCCCUUCCACGCCCCCUCUCGACGGCAGUCGCGGCGGAGAUAGCAGAAAAGAAGGAGAUGACACGACGACCCUGGAUGCGUGGGACGAGGACUUCUGGUCCGAGCUGGUGGUCGGGGGUAAGCACCGGCUGGCGCUGACGGCCAACUGCGCGCGCUGCAUCUCGAUCAACAUCGACUACGGCACGGGACGUCCGGGCACGGGCGAGUCCGGGUCGAUCCUCAAGACGCUUAUGAAAGACCGCCGCGUGGACACGGGGAACAAGUGGUCGCCCAUCUUCGGACGGUACGCGUUCCUGCUUCCGCGGGGUGGCGGACGCAGGGAGCCGGAUGAGGAAGAUGAAGAUGAGGAUGGAGAGGACAUCAUCGCUGACGUCGCCGUGGGUGACGAGGUCACGGUGACCCGGCGUAUCAGCUCGCGAGACGUGUGGGCCUGGCCGAAGUGA